AUGGAAAGAGUAAAAAUAAAGAAAAAACGCAAAGGCACAUCUUCGGGCGGUGGGGACUGGGAGGCAAGGGAGAAAAACAUCAAAAUGUCACAGCCAGAAAGGCAUUACGCGGUGUUUUUCCUAGCAGUGAAUGCUUUGCUGGUUGCCAUUUGCGUGGCCGAAGUCCCCUGUAAGUAAAAUUAUGAAUAGCUAAUUAAAUCCAUCCGUGCUAGUUUAAAAAAAAAAAAACUCACAGGGCUAGUUAAACGUUCGCUAGCAAGCUAAACAAUAUGAAAACUCACUCUUUAUAUGAAACAAGUCAUCGCCACAAAUAAUUGAAAUCACUAAAUUUGGUGGUUGCACUUCCUCGUUUGGUCGUAAGUAGCGACAGACAUAUUUGGUAGUGACAAGGGUAACUAGCCACAUUAAUAUUUGUGUUGUGCUGUAGCUAAUGCUAACUUGGGAAUCUGCUAUCAACUUCAAUGGUGUGUAGUUAACGUUACCUAGGCCAAUGUCAGCCACAAAAAAACGCUGGUUUAGCUAACCGCCCUGUAUCACAGCAACGUUUAAACUUCCCGGCUCCUCGGGGCUUUUAUUUCAGUUCUUGGAGAAGCGGAUUAAUACAUCACAUGACAUCGGAGUGUGAUAGCCGUAAUGUCAGCCCCCAGCCCCAGCCCCCAGCCCCCAGCCCCCAGCCCCCAGCCCCAGCCCCCAGCCCCCAGCCCCCAGCCCCCAGCCCCCAGCCUAGCUCACAUGCCUCCCUCCCUCCCUCACAAUGCUAUUGUGAUUCAGUAACUAGCAGCAGUCUGAAGGCUAGGGCUGUUGACUUUUGAGGCUAAUCUUGGCUAGCUAGUUACCCGACCGCACCAGAUCAUAUUGGUUAGGGGGCUGACGACGUCUUCUUCGUGGUAAGCACUGUGCCUGCCAAAUGAGGACAAUGGUAUUUGAAGGAUAGUCUAGAGUAGAGGAAGAAUACAACAGGAGUUCUUAUUCAAGGUAAACGGUUGUCAACAACGAGAAGAGUAGUAGACGCUAAGCAGCUACUGUAAUGUAGCUGCAUUGUUGGACUAUUGCACACGGUCUAUCUAGACUAGGAAUGUAUGAUCACAAGGCCUGGCUUUUUAAGUGUGUGUGCGUAAAUAUAAGACUAUUUACACUACUGCUCAUCAGACAGUGUGCUACUAUUCUUAUCAGAUCUGUGGUGUCUCUCGCGCUCUCUCUCUGUCUGUCUGUCUGUCUGUUCCCCAGUAUGCCACACUCGGAGGAAGGCUACAGUACUGAAGAUGGACGAAGCCUCUCUCACUGUCAACAAUGAGCUGGACACUGAGAUGGUCGUGAGCUGGCUAUCAGACCACUGCUAUCAGGUAAGACUGACCACACAGACACUGCUGUACCUCACCUCACCACACACUGACCUUUACUGCUGUACCUCACCUCACCACACACUGACCUUUACUGCUGUACCACCUUACCACACACUGACCUUUACUGCUGUACCUCACCUCACCACACACUGACCUUUACUGCUGUACCUCACCUCACCACACACUGACCUUUACUGCUGUACCUCACCUCACCUCACACUGACCUUUCCUACUGCUGUACCUCACCUCACCACACACUGACCUUUACUGCUGUACCUUACCACACACUGACCUUUACUGCUGUACCUCACCUCACCACACACUGACCUUUACUGCUGUACCUCACCUCACCACACACUGACCUUUACUGCUGUACCUCACCUCAACCACCACCACUGACCUUUUACUGCUGUUACCUACACCUACCAACAACUGAACCAUUUACUGCUGUCCCUUCCACCUCACCACACCCCUGACCUUUACUGCUCUAACAUCACCUCACCACACACUGCUUUAUGCUUACUCACCUCACCCUUCCCACUGACUUACUGCUGUACCUCACUCACCCACUGACCUUAUGCUGUACCUCACCAGCACACUGGACCUUACGGCUGAUACCUCACCUACCACUGACCUUUACUGCUGUACCCACCUCACCACACCUGACUUACUGCUGUACCUCACCACCCACACGACCUUGAGCUGCUGUACCUCAGACCACACUGACCUUAGCUGUACCUCACCUCACACACAACUGACCUUCUGCUGUACCUCACCACUAUCACGACUUUACUGCUGUCUCACCUACCACACUUGACCUUACUGUGUACCUCACUCACACACACUGACCUUACUGCUGUACUCACCUCACCACACACGACCUGUAUGCUGUACUCACCUUGACCCAACUGACUUUAUGCGAUCAUAAAAUGACCUUCGUGUCUACACUUGACCAGACUGUUUACUCAUUACUGCACCUCAGCACACACUGACUUACAUGUGUAUCUCACCUCACACUGACCUUUACUGCUGUACCUCACCUCACCACACACUGUUGUUGUCAUAUUUCCCCUGUGCUCCAGUGUGUGUACCAGCCCCUGGGUGUGGUGCCAGCAGGCCCUGGACCAGGCGUGCCCAGCUCAGUGGACUUGACCGUGGGCACACAGCACGGCAUCACCCUGCAGCUCAACAGCAGCCCCAUCAGCCUGGAGCUCUGCACGUAAGGAACCACCUAUUAACCCAACCAACUACCAACCUUGGCCCUGUGUCCAGACCCUAUUCCCUAUAUAGUGCACUACUUUUGACCAGGGCUCUACAAAAGUAGUGCACUAUAAAGGGAGAAGGAUGUCAUUUGGGACACACACUUUAUUGCCGAUCUGAAAGUAUUGGACCUCCGUGUCUACAGUUAGAUCCUGGACUGUGUAUAACUCAAUUAAAAUGCAAUAUAUAGGAAGUACUGUACAUUGUAUUUAUACAGACAUUACACUCACUGUAAGGAGAUUCCUCUCUCCUCCCCAGGGUCCAUUUCCACUUUUGGGAGCAUGGUAACUACUCUCUGUGGGUCAAGAACCUGAACGACUCCUCAGUGGUCAACUGUUCCGUGAUCACUGACACAGAACCGGUCAACAGCUACCUGCGUGAGCACACUAACACACACACACACACACACACACACACUUUUUAUGUUUUGUGCUCUCAAACCAUCGUUUUGAACAAUGAAAUGCCUUUCUGCCCUUAAAGCCAUCAUGGUGGCCUUUCUGUUGUUCACGGGACUGGCUAUAGCGUCUGCUAUCGGAGGCACAAUCAUGGGGUAGGUUCUGAUUAUUUUAGAUAACAUGAACACAGGAUUCCAUUUACUGUGUAUGUGACCGUAAGUCAUCCCUUUGUCUUGAGCCUGCCAUUGCAUUUUGUGGCGAUUAUCAGAGGCUUCUCCUAAUCGAUUGGUUAUGUCUUGUCUGGUCCAGGCUGGACGUGGUGAAGAAUCUGAUGUUCCGAUUGGGCAGUUCCAUGGAAACUGAGAGGCUCAUCAACUCAGUGAGUCUUUGUGUUCAUUCUCCAGACUUAGCUCUAGAACAGUGGUCACUACAGUUGAUCAGUGGUCACUACGGUUGAUCAGUGGUCACUACGGUUGAGCAGUGGUCACUACGGUUGAGCAGUGGUCACUACGGUUGAUCAGUGGUCACUACGGUUGAUCAGUGGUCACUACGGUUGAUCAGUGGUCACUACGGUUGAGCAGUGGUCACUACGGUUGAGCAGUGGUCACUACGGUUGAUCAGUGGUCACUACGGUUGAUCAGUGGUCACUACGGUUGAGCAGUGGUCACUACGGUUGAGCAGUGGUCACUACGGUUGACCAGUGGUCACUACGGUUGAGCAGUGGUCACUACGGUUGAGCAGUGGUCACUACGGUUGAGCAGUGGUCACUACGGUUGAUCAGUGGUCUCUAUGGUUGAUCAGUGGUCACUACGGUUGAGCAGUGGUCACUACGGUUGAGCAGUGGUCACUACGGUUGAGCAGUGGUCACUACGGUUGAGGGGAGUUUUAGUGUUCUUCUGAUGGGUUCAGAGUUAUAGUUUCUUCUUAACAUGGCUGAACUAUGCGCCUAAAUGUUCACUAACCUUGGUCCUGGAGAGCUAAUACUAUACAGGGUGUGCAAGCUUUUGUUCCAGCCCAGCACUAACACCUUUUUGACUUCCUCUCCUCUCUUCUCCUAGGAGCUGGGGUUUCCAGGCAGGACGGUGGAGACAGCCACAGACACCAUACUCCCCACCCCCGCCACCCCCAGCCGGAGGCUCCGAUCCCUGGACACUUUCAGAGGGUUGUCCCUGGUCAUCAUGGUGUUUGUGAACUACGGAGGAGGGAGGUACUGGUUCUUCAGACACGAGAGCUGGAACGGUGAGUCCACCAUUCUGAAUGGGAAAAUAUGACAUGCACAUUUUCUAGUGGUGUUUAGCAUGUCCUGGAGAUCAAAUAAUAUGUAUAUCAAAAAAUGAAAGACUGCAUUGUUAAAAUGACAAUAUUUCCCCCCUCUUCACAGGACUCACAGUUGCUGAUUUGGUCUUUCCCUGGUAAUAUCAGUUUUUAUAUUUUUAAUUUAAGGACAAAAUGUAUUGGCAUUUUAUUGAGGAAAUCUAACGUUGCUCCAUAGGAGGAAACUGUGUGCCUCUAUUGAAGUCUCUCUCUGUCUCUCCCAGGUUUGUGUUCAUCAUGGGUACAUCUAUAACCCUGUCCGUCAGCUCAGCCCUGCGGUGUGGAAUGUCACGUUUCUCUCUCUUCACCAAGGCAGUCUGGAGGAGUAUUCAGCUCUUCCUCAUCGGACUCCUCAUCAUCAACCCAAACUACUGCCAGGGACCACGUGAGGACAGAGACACAGAGACACAGACACGGAGACGCAGAGACACACACAGACACGGAGACGCAGAGACACACAGACACGGAGACGCAGAGAGAAACACAGACACGGAGACGCAGAGAGACACACACACAGACACGGAGACGCAGAGAGACACACACACAGACACGGAGACACAGAGAGACACACAGACACGGAGACGCAGAGAGACACACAGACACGGAGACGCAGAGAGACACACACAGACACAGAGAGACACACAGACACGGAGACGUAGAGAGACACACACAGACACGGAGACGCAGAGAGACACACACAGACACGGAGACGCAGAGAGACACACAGACACGGAGACGCAGAGAGACACACAGACACGGAGACGCAGAGAGACACACAGACACGGAGACGCAGAGAGAACACAGACACGGAGACGCAGAGAGACACACAGACACGGAGACGCAGAGAGACACACAGACACGGAGACGCAGAGAGACACACAGACACGGAGACGCAGAGAGACACACAGACACGGAGACGCAGAGAGACACACAGACACGGAGACGCAGAGACACACAGACACGGAGACGCAGAGAGACACACAGACACACACGUGCUCACUCCCUUACAAUGUUUCACUCUAAUCUGUGUGUGUGUGUGUGUGUGUGUGUGUGUGUGUGUGUGUGUACUACAGUAUCAUGGGACACCCUGCGUAUCCCUGGUGUGCUCCAGCGUCUGGCCUUCUCCUACCUGGUGGUGGCCUCUCUGGACCUCUGUGUGGCCAGGAACAGCCUGGACAACCUACCCGUGGUCAGCCUCACAAUGCAUCUUAUUACACUCACACAACUACAUAUACAAUGACUAGGAUCUCUGUGAAUAAACUGUUAUAACACAAAUAACCAUGUUAUAACCAUGUCUGGAUCUGUGUGUGUGGUCAGACACCGCCUGGACAACCUAACCAUGGUCAGAACAUCCUUAUGACCACGCCCCAUGGUCAGAACAUCCUUAUGACCACGCCCCAUGGUCAGAACAUCCUUAUGACCACGCCCCAUGGUCAGAACAUCCUUAUGACCACGCCCCAUGGUCAGAACAUCCUUAUGACCACGCCCCAUGGUCAGAACAUCCUUAUGACCACGCCCCAUGGUCAGAACAUCCUUAUGACCACACCCCAUGGUCAGAACAUCCUCAUGACCAUGCCCCAUGGUCAGAACAUCCUUAUGACCACGCCCCAUGGUCAGAACAUCCUUAUGACCACGCCCAUGGUCAGAACAUCCUUAUGACCACGCCCCAUGGUCAGAACAUCCUCAUGACCACGCCCCAUGGUCAGAACAUCCUUAUGACCACGCCCAUGGUCAGAAACAUCCUUAUGACCACGCCCCAUGGUCAGAACAUCCUUAUGACCACGCCCCAUGGUCAGAACAUCCUUAUGACCACGCCCCAUGGUCAGAACAUCCUUAUGACCACGCCCCAUGGUCAGAACAUCCUUAUGACCACGCCCCAUGGUCAGAACAUCCUUAUGACCACGCCCCAUGGUCAGAAUUUACAGUUUAGUCAUUUAGCAGACACUCUUAUCCAGAGCGACUUACAGUUAGUGAGUGCAUACAUUUUCAUACUGCAUUAUGACCACGCCCCAUGGUCAGAACAGCCUUAUGACCACGCCCCAUGGUCAGAACAUCCUUAUGACCACGCCCCAUGGUCAGAACAGCCUUAUGACCACGCCCCAUGGUCAGAACAGCCUUAUGACCACGCCCCAUGGUCAGAACAUCCUUAUGACCACGCCCCAUGGUCAGAACAUCCUUAUGACCAUGUUAUUACACUCAUAAUGUAAUAUAUGUCACAAUAAUGUCAUAUAAAAAUGGAUCUCCAAAUAUCUGCCAUAACGCUCGCAUUGAGUACGGUUACAGUCAGAUUCAUAUAAUAGUUUGAUUGAAGCGUGCUUAGCAAGGAGAUUUCCCUAAUAAUCCUGUUGACAUGGACUCAUCUGAAAUCAGGAUACCUGAUGGGACUUUGAUAAACGCAGAAAAAAUCAGCAAUAGAAAAUAAACAUUCUACCACAGUGACUGUCACGCCCUGGCUCGGGGGACUCUCGUAUGUUGAGCCAGGGUGUUAGUUUCUAUGUUUUGUUGUGGGUUCUAGGUUAUUGUAUUUCUUUGUUUGAGUGACUCCCAAUCAGAGGUAACGAGUGUCAGCUGUUGGCUCGUUGUCUCUGAUUGGGAGCCAUAUUUAACUAUCUGUCUUUCACGUUGUGUUGGUGGUUUCUUGUUCAUUUCGGUUCGUGUUAAACCGUAGACGUCACGUUUUCGUUUGUGUUUUUGAUCGUGUGAUCAUUUAUAGUAAUAAAAUAUGUUCACCUUCAACGCUGCGCAUUGGUCCUCUAUGUUAGACGAUCGUGACAGUGACCAUGUUAUUUUUGGGAAGCCUAUUUGAUUCUGAGUUUGUACAUCUAAAGUUUGUAUGUGAAAACUAUUUCUAAAAUGCAUAUUUUAAGGUUUUUCUGAACUCACUUCACUCGCGCAUAACAGGGAGGCUCUCGGCUGGUGCUGCCACAUGCGCAGAUCAAAUACACCGCUGGAACGCCGGUUUAGGCUGUUUACACGUCCUAAUCAUGUCUUACCUGGUUAAAUAAAGGUGAAAUAAAAAAAAUUAAAAGAUCGCUCAGAAGAGCAGGCGUGUGCUUACUUCCAUUCUGACCUUUUUUACGCUGAGUAAGGUGUUUACAUGACUAUUGUAUAAUCGGCCUACUGCCAUAAUCAGUUUAAUAUCUAAUUAUUGGUGUGCAUACUCAUUGUCACAUAACCAUCUUCUGCCACUCAACAUUAGCUAACUGUGACAUUGACUGUUCUAGAUGUAUGGGAGAGAUUGUUUCGGGAGAGAUUGUUUCCAGACAGAAUUCACCCUAUUCCAAUUCCGUUGAAUCACUGCAUUCUAUUUCACUUGGUGUUCAUGUUGAUCCGGACUCAUUGCCUGCUGGUCACUAUUGUUUCCAUAGUGAUGAAAACCUUUUGUUUUUAUUUUGGUCUUCUUUUUUUUAUUUUUACCAAGGAUGCUUGGUGGUACUCUGCUCGUGAGUUCCUGCUCUACUGGCCAGCCUGGCUGUGUGUGGUCGUCUUGGAAACCGUGUGGCUCUGUCUCACCUUCCUGCUCCCUGUGCCUGACUGCCCAAGGUGAGUUAAGAGAGAAGACUGUGGCCGUGAACACAUUGAGACAAUACUGUUUCCAUGGGAGUCAUCUGUUGCAGGGUGAAUGACAACCGAGAUGGAUUUUCCGACGUAUGCAACUGGUCCGACCAAUAGUUGACUUCAGUUGUACUUUUGACGGACAGAAACAGGACAAUGAUGUAGUUCAUAUAUGAUUUAAUCCAUGUCCAUGAUUCUGAGUGUGGCUGUAGGUGAUGGGAGAUGGCGAACACCUGACCUGACUCAAAUCAUCUACUAAUCAUCGUCUCUCUCUACUUAGUGGUUAUUUGGGCCCGGGUGGUGUUGGGGACAUGGGCCAGUACCCUAACUGCACCGGGGGAGCAGCAGGAUAUGUAGACCGGUGGCUACUGGGAGAGAACCACAUCUACCAAACACCCUCCUCACGGGUCAGUUAACGCUGACUUGUUUCAGGCAACAAGAGCAGAAGACUUUCUGCAGGCAUUUUUUUUUUACGUAACGGGGUGUGUUCAUUUUUCAGGUGAUCUACAAGUCUCACAUGCCCUUUGACCCAGAGGGAGUUCUAGGCAGCAUCAACUCUGUCCUCAUUGCUUUCCUGGGACUACAGGUCAGUGGAAUUCUCUCUGUCUCUCUCCUGUCUCUCUGUCUCCUCUCUCUCUCUCCUCUCCGCUCUCUCUCCUGUCUAUCUCUGUCUCUCUCUCUCUGCUGUCUCUCUCUGUCUCGCUUUCUCUCUGCUCUCCUCUAUCUGACUCUCUCUCUCGUAAGGAAACGAUCUCUCUUCUCCUCUCUCUCUCGUCUCCUCUCUCUUCUCUCUCUCUCAUAUCUACUCUCUCUCUAAAUCUCGUUUCCUUCUCGUUGUCUCUUAUCUUCUCUCUCUCUUGUUCUGUUUCUGCUUCUCUUCCUCCACUCUCGUUCUCUGUAUCUCGUCUUCUACUCUCUUCUCGUCUCCUCUCUUCCGUCUCUUGCUACUCUCUCUCUCUCUCUCUCUCUCUAUCCUCAUCGUUCUUCCGUUGUCCUUAUCUUUCCAGUUGUUCUGUUUCUUUCUACACCACCAGACCUAUGAGUGUAAUUGCAGACAUGGGGUUGCAUGUUUCUGCUCAGCCUAACUUAAUGGAUCAGUAUAAUGUAAUACAUGUGAUUCCCUUUGAGGGUCCAUUUUGUCCCCUACAUCUGUAUCCAGGCAGGGAAGAUUCUCCUCCACUACAAGGAUCAGCAUUCCAGUAUAAUGGCCCGGUUCCUCAUUUGGAGCCUCGUACUGGUAAGAUCAUCAUAUUGCUGUUUGUCAUUACUGUGUUAGCCUUGGUAUAUAGCCUUGGUAUAUCAUAUAGCCUUGGUAUAUCAUAUAGCCUUGGUAUUUCAUAUAGCCUUGGUAUUUCAUAUAGCCUUGGUAUAUCAUUUAGCCUUGGUAUAUCAUUUAGCCUUGGUAUAUCAUUUAGCCUUGGUAUAUCAUAUAGCUUUGGUAUUUCAUAUAGCCUUGGUAUUUAACCUUGGUAUAUCAUAUAGCCUUGGUAUUUAGCCUUGGUAUAUCAUAUUGCCUUGGUAUAUAACCUUGGUAUUUAGCCUUGGUAUAUCAUAUAGCCUUUGUAAAUCAUAUAGCCUUGGUAUUAGCCUUGGUAUAUCAUAUAGCCUUGGUAUUUAGCCUUGGUAUAUCAUAUAGCCUUGGUAUUUAGCCUUGGUAUAUCAUAUAGCCUUGGUAUAUCAUAUAGCCUUGGUAUAUCACAUAGCCUUGGUAUAUCAUAUAGCCUUGGUAUAUCACAUAGCCUUGGUAUAUCAUAUAGCCUUGGUAUAUCAUAUAGCCUUGGUAUAUAGCCUUGGUAUAUCAUAUAGCCUUGGUAUAUUGCAUAUUUUAUCAGACUAAACCUCUCCAUAUGUCUUCAUAUGACAACACUGAGACAUACAGUGCCUUCAGAAACUAUUCAGACCCUUUGACUUUUUCCACAUUUUGUUACGUUACAGCCUUAUUGAAGAAUCCUCAUCGAUCUACACACAAUACCCCAUAAUGAGGAAGCGAAAACAGGUUUUUUAGAAAUGUUUGCAUAUUUAUAAACAAUAAAAAAACAGAAAUACCUUAUUUACAUAAGUAUUCAGACCCUUUGCUAUGAGAAAUUGAGCUCAGGUGCAUCCUGUUUCCAUUGAUCAUCCUUGAGGUCUUUCUACAACUUGAUUGGACUCCACCUGUGGUAAAUUGUCACGAUCGUCAUAAUGAGUAAACCAAGGCGCAGCGUGAUAUGCGUACAUCUUCUUUAUUAAGUACACCACGAACAAAAAACAAAACAACAAAACGAAACGUGAAGUCCUCGGUCAUACACAAACCUACACGGAACAAGAUCCCACGAAUCACAAGUGCACAAACAGCUGCCUUAGUAUGGUUCCCAAUCAGAGACAACAAGCAACAGCUGAUUCUCGUUGCCUCUGAUUGAGAACCACCCCGGCCAACAUAGAAACACAUCACCUAGAAUAUGAACAUAGAAAACGAAACACAGACACUACACAACGAAUCUAUCACCCUGGCUCAACAUACAAGAGUCCCCAGAGCCAGGGCGUGACAUAAAUUCAAUUGAUUGGACAUGAUUUGGAAAGUCACACACCUGUCUAUAUAAGGUCCCACAGUUGACAGUGCAUGUCAGAGCAAAAACCAAGCCAUGAGGUCGAAGGAAUUGUCGGUAGAGCCCCGAGACAGGAUUGUGUCGAGGCACAGAUCUGGGGAAGGGUAGCAAAACAUUUCUGCAGCAUUGAAGGUCCCCAAGGACACAGUGGCCUCCAUCAUUCUUAAAUGGAAGAAGUUUGGAACCACCAAGACUCUUCCUGAGCAAUCGGGGGAGAAGGGCUUUGGUCAGGGAGGUGACCAAGAACCCGAUGGUCACACUGACAGAGCUCUAGAGUUCCUCUGUGGAGAUGGGAGAACCUUCUAGAAGGACAACCAUCUCUGCAGCACUCCACCAAUCAGGCCUUUAUGGUAGAGUGGCCAGACGGCAGCCACUCCUCAGUAAAAGGCACAUGACAGCCCGCUUGGAGUUUGCCAAAAGGCCCCUAAAGACUCUCAGACCAUGAGAAACAAGAUUCCCAGGUCUGAUGAAACCAAGAUUGAACUCGUUUGCCUGAAUGCCAAGCAUCACAUCUGGAGGAAACCUGGCAACAUCCCUACGGUGAAGCAUGGUGGUGGCAGCAUCAUGCUGUGGGGAUGUUUUUCAGCGGCAUGGACUGGGAGACCAGUCAGGAUCGAGGCAAAGAUGAACGGAGCAAAGUACAGAGAUAUCCUUGAUGAAAACCUGCUCCAGAGCGCUCAGGACCUCAGACUGGGGCGAAGGUUCACCUUCCAACAGGACAACGACCCUAAGUACACAGCCAAGACAACACAGGAGUGGCUUUGGGACAAGUGUCUGAAUGUCCUUUAGUGGCCCAGCCAGAGCCCGGACUUGAACCCGAUCGAACAUCUCUGGAGAGACCUGAAAAUAACUGUGCAGCGACGCUCCUCAUCCAACCUGACAGAGCUUGAGAGGAUCUGCAGAGAAGAAUGGGAGAAACUCCCCAAAUACAGGUGUGCCAAGCUUGUAGCGUCAUACCCAAGAAGACUCGAGGCUGUAAUCGCUGAGUAAAAAGGACUGAGAAAGGGUCUGAAUACUUAUGUAAAUGUGAUAUUUUAUUUAUUUUUUUAUAAACUUGCAAAAAUUCUAAAUACCUGUUUUCACUUUGUCAUUCUGGGGUAUUGUGUGUAGAUUGAUGAGGGAAAAAAAACGACUUCAUCAAUUUUAGAAUAAGGCUGUAACGUAACAAAAUGUGGAAAAAGUCAAGGGGUCUGAGUACUUUGCGAAUGCACUGUAGUAGCAUAGUAUUUCUGUGUUCACCAUGCAUGUCUUUUCUUUGUCAGCUUGAUGUAUCUAAAUGUCUGUAUCUUUCCAGGGAAUCGUAUCAGCCAUUCUGACCAAAUGUUCACUAAAUGAAGGCUUCAUCCCCAUCAACAAGAAUCUAUGGUGAGGAGACCAGACCACUUAUAAUGCAGUUUAACACUCUCAGGGCCAGUUUCCUGGACACAGAUUGAGCCUAGUCCUGGACUAAAGAGCACUUUGAAUGGAGACUUUUCAUUGAGCAUGUUUCUUAGUCCAGGACUAGUUUUAAGCUAAUCUGUGUGCGGGAAACUGGCCCUUGAUAUUUCAUAGUAGGGCCGGGACGAUACAGGUAUCACGAUACUCGUUAGUAUCGUGGCAAGGAAACAGAACACAAAGCAGAUUUAACUUCUUUAGGAAAACAGCCCUGAUGUUGAAAACAAACCACAUUAUGUUGUCAUCCAGAGUCACAUUUAUUUAUUUUCUAAGCUAAAGCACAAUAUUUUACAUCCAGCAGGUUAUUAAAGCACCAAAACAGUUUGAUUUACUUAUCUGGCGAUACUGGUAUCAUCACUGCCCUAGUUUAUAGUGUAUUGUAGAAUAAUCAACCUCCUGAGUUGUCUGUCUGCCCGUCUGUCUGCCUGUCUGUCUGUCUGUCUGUCUGCCCUUCUGCCCGUCUGUCUGUCUGCCCGUCUGUCUGUCUGCCCGUCUGUCUGCCCGUCUGUCUGUCUGUCUGUGUCUGUCUGUCUGUCUGUCUGCCUGUCUGCCUGUCUGUCUGUCUGUCUGCCCGUCUGUCUGUCCGUCUGUCUGUCUGUCAGGUCUCUAUCCUACGUGACCACCCUGGCGUGUUUUGCCUUCGUGGUUCUGGUGAUGGUCUACUACACAGUAGAUGUGAAGAGGUGGUGGUCUGGAGCCCCUUUCUAUUACCCUGGUGAGAACUACUUUGUGUCAGCAGCUCUGCUGUGUACAUUUUAUAUUUCAAUCUGCAAUGCAUCCAUCUGCCACAAUCCCUAUUCUGCAUGACAGAAGAAUCACGUAUGUUCUACGCUAUACUUGUCUAGCUAAAUGUUAUGCAACUCCUGAUCAAGCCCUCUGGACCCCUGUGCUCUAACCUGACCUUUGACCCUUCCAAGGUAUGAACUCCAUCCUGGUGUACGUGGGCCACGAGGUCCUGGAGGAGUACUUCCCGUUCCGUUGGCGCAUGGCCAACAGCCAAUCCCACGCAGAGCACCUGACCCAGAACCUGUUGGCCACUUCCUGCUGGGUUCUCAUCUCCUUCCUGCUGUACAGGAAGAAGAUCUUCUGGAAGAUCUAG